CUUCUUCUCUGUUUCUAACAAAUUUCAGGAGCUCUCUCGUAAGCCUCUGAAUUCGAUUUGACCUCACAACCAUACAAAAUUUUCCCGAGAAAAUCUCUCUCAACGAACGAAUUUCGAAUCACCAAGAACAAAUUCUGAGAUUUGUUGCGUUUCAUCGGAACAAUGGAGGUAAAAGUAGCAACAACGACGUCGUUUCAUUGGUCAGGACGACACACGGCGAUUCCUCAAUGUCCGUCAUUUUCGCAAACCCUAACUUCAUCAAAACGCCGUCAUUCUCGAACCGGUGAUGUUUCCGUCGGAGGAUCUUUGAGAUUAAAACCUUCCACGUUUCUCGGAACUCAAUCUGGGAAACUUCACCGAUCUAAAUCAUGUGAGCUUUGGGAAUUUUCUAAUUCCACCACGAAGAAGAUAAGAACUGAUGUGAAGAAGAAACAUAAUCCUUUAAGAAGGGUUUGUAGUGCGAGUUCCGGUUUCUUCUCCGACGAAGCAUUCUCUGUGAAAAUGCAGGAAUUAGCUUCACAAUUCAGAAAUUCCGGCGAAGAAUCUGAAGAAGAGAACAAACACAAAUCAGAAGCAGUAGAUAACAACAAUAACAAGAAUCAUAGAUUUGGUUCUAUGAAGCUAUUACAAGAGUCUGUUCCAGGUUUAGCUUCUUUGGAAGCUCCAUGGGCAGAGAUGGUGAACCAUUCAAGCAUUGAAAGGAAAGCAAACAGUGUUGAUUUACCUCUAUCACUUAGGAUAAUAAAGAGGAAGCUACAAGAAGAAGCGCUUAAAGAAGCUAGUGCUACUACUUACUGUUCUAUCAAUAGAGCUUUCUCUUCUAUGGUUUUCAUGAUUGAGGAGCUUCAUAGCUUUGCGUUGCAGACUAGGGUUGGUGUACUUAAGCAGGUUAAGAAGGAAAUGCACGCUUCAUUGUUGUGGAUUUUCCAACGUGUGUUCUCUCAGACACCUACUUUGAUGGUUUAUGUGAUGAUCUUAUUGGCGAACUACACUGUGCAUUCAGUUGCAUCGAAUCUAGCUAUUGCGGCAGCUCCUCCACACUCUGAUGUGACGAAAGAAGCACCGGCGGUUACCAAAGGUCUGGAUCGGAUACAACAAAGGAUUGAUUUAGGGCCUUUAGUAAGUGGCAGAGAUGGUAAGGAGCUUGAUGGAUCCAAAUGGUUAGGAUCGAUGAAUUUUGACAAGGUCUCCCACUUACCGACACAUCGAGACUCGGUUUCAGGAGAGGGGAUGAGAGAAGAGGAGGUGAGUCUGUGGAAUUCGAUGGUGGAAGAAGCAGAUCAAAUGCAAGAUUCCACUGUUGAUCGUGAAAUGAGAUUGAGACUGGUUUCACCGAUCACUGCAAGGAUUGAAGUGGACGAUUAUGCCAAUUACACUAGAACAGAGCUUUUAUAUAAGAUAGGUUUGGCUCAAGAGCCGAACAACCAUCUGCUCCUAGCUAACUACGCUCAGUUCCUUUACCUCAUCACUCAAGACCAUGAGAGAGCGGAGAACUGCUUCAAGAAAGCCAUAGAAUCAGAAGAUGUAGACGCAGAAGCAUACAGCAAAUACGCCAUCUUCCUGUGGAAAGUUCGGAACGAUCUCUGGGCUGCUGAGGAGAACUUUCUAGAAGCUAUAUCUGCAGACCCUACCAACUCCUAUUACGCAGCCAACUAUGCCAACUUCCUCUGGCAAACCGGUGGUGAAGAGACGUGUUUCCCUUUAGAAGAUUCUCCUCAGGAAAUGGUUUGAGAACGAACGAAUGGCAGUGAAUGGUGUGGUUUAUUUGCAGUAAAGAGACAGCUACGGAACUUAGGUACACGAUAGAAGCAAGAGGAAAAGUGUAAGUAGUGUUUUUGAGUGAACCAGUGCGGCCGAUGAAACAUUGCUU